AUGGACACGUUUCGACUUUUAGCUGAUGAAGCAUAUAAACGUAAUGGUAUCACUAGUUUUUGGUUUGGAAAUAAUUUGUAUGUUAAUGUAGCAGAUCCUUUUGCUGCAGAUAAAGUAAUGAAGACAAGCCUCGAAAAAGAUGAGGUGAUGGAUCUUGCACGACCGCUGAUUGGGAACGGGAGCAUAUUUGCACCAGUAACGAUAUGGCGACCACGUCGCAAAGUCCUCGCUCCGACGUUUGGACAGAAAACUCUGAACAACUUCGUGAAGAUAUUUUACAAACAGAGUGCAAUACUAGCAGACCAGUUGCAAUCAGUGGCUGGAAAGGAGAAGUUCUCGAUCUUCAAUUAUGUCACUACAUAUUCUAUGGACUCGAUAUGUGAAACCACCAUGGGAGUUAAUGUAAAUGCUCAAAGAAAUAUAAAUCAUCCAGUUCUAAAGGCGUUCAAUGGUUUUUGCCAAAUGUCAGCCGCUCGAUUCAUUAGACCCUGGCUCCACCCGCCAUCGGUUUACAAAUUUAUGCCCAAAUAUUCUACGUACAUAGAACACUCUCAGCUUUUAAAUAAUUUUUAUGCAAUGAUGUCGAUGAAGACCGUUAUUGCAACCAUAAUAAGAAAUUACCGGAUACUGCCAGCAGAAGAUCAGGAGCUGAACUCCUGCGCCAGUAAAGCAAACGUUGAGGUUAAGUAUGAAAUUAUGAUGAAACAUGUCGACAAUUUUCAAAUCCGACUGGAGAAAAGAAGUAUAAAUGAGUGCAUUUGA